AUGGCUGCUCGCGGCGCUCUGCGCCCGCCGGAGCCGCGGCCGGGCGGGGCUGCGGCGCGGGGCGGGGCGGCGAGCGGCGCCUCUCGCGAGGGAGCGGCGCUGAGGGGAGCCGCGCGGCGCUCCCGUGCGCUGCUAACGCUGGCGCGUACCGGGAAGCGGGCGGUGAGGGCGCUGGGCGUGCCCCGGGUGCUGGGAGCGGCUUUGUUCGGCGGAACGCGGCGGGAGCAGCGCGCUAGGGCUCCGGAGCUGCGGGCAGCGCCCAGCCCAGCCCAGCCCUGCUGCUCGGAGCCCCGCCGCUCCGAGCCCCUCAGCGCCCAGCCCCGCCGCUCCGAGCCCCUCAGCGCCCAGCUCCGCAGCUCCGAGCUCCGCCGCUCCGAGCCCCUCAGCGCCCAGCCCCGCAGCUCCGAGCUCCGCCGCUCCGAGCCCCUCAGCGCCCAGCUCCGCAGCUCCGAGCUCCGCCGCUCCGAGCCCCUCAGCGCCCAGCCCCGCAGCUCCGAGCUCCGCCGCUCCGAGCCCCUCAGCGCCCAGCUCCGCAGCUCCGGCCGCAGGCCAGGGCCCCCGCGCUCCUCCGUGCGGGAGGUGGCCUUCGCACCCUCGUACAAGCCUGGGCGUGAAACUGUGCAAUGA